AUGCGUUUCACAACGAUCGCUUACACCAUCGGUCUCUUGGUCGCGGCCACAAACGCGACCCCCGAGGAGGACUUUGCGUCCAAGCUCGAGAAGCAUGAGCAGGCCUUUGAGCUGGCGGCCCGCGCCCUUUAUGACCACCUAGAAAGCAACGAGCAUCACAUCAGCAAGCGCGAUCCCAACAGGGCUUCCUGGCAGUUUGGAAACGGCUGCGUGUCCAAGAGCUAUGGAGCGAAUCCCGUUGGCGCCAUUUACAAGCGCGCUAUGGAUAGCAUGGGCGGCGGCUACGGCGCCGAUGACAUGGAUGCGGCGUCGAUGGGUGGCGGUUACGGUGGCAGCACCGGUGGUGGCGGCGGCUACGGUGGUGGCGGCGGCGGCUUCGGUGGCGGCGGCGGCUACGGUGGCAGCACCGGUGGCGGCGGCGGCUUCGGUGGCGGCGGCGGCGGUGGCUUCGGUGGUGGUGCUGGCAUGGGCCAGGUGGCUGCCACCGGUAAGAAAGAAGGCUGGUUUAAGCGACGGUUUGGGUUUGGUAAGAGCCAGGGCCCCCAGAAGCCAUCGUCAAACUUUCUCUUCUGCUUGCCUGGAAAGGGUUCUAGGAGGCAAACUCAGCUUCAGGGAGUGAGCCCCGGUAUGAACGGUAUGAACGGCGGUAUGAACGGCGGUAUGAACGGCAUGAACGGCGGUAUGAACGGCAUGAACGGCGGUAUGAACGGUAUGAACGGCGGUAUGGGCGGCGGCGGUAUGGGCGGCGGCAAUAUGGACAGCAGCUGGCAGAAGAAAAAACGGUCUCUUGAGGGCUCAAACGCCCCGACAGGCGCUUCCGCCGUGCCCUCGCCCAAGGACGGCACCCCUGCUGGCCCCACAGGUACCGGUAGCUCCGGGGACGCUUCGGCCGUUCCCCCUGCUGGCGAAUCAUCGCUCCAUCCCCAGAAGCCCAGGCCCAGGAGUGAACCAUUUGAACACUUUCAGAGAGUCCAGCGGCAAGCCAACGUCCACAAGAAGAACAGUGCCUAUGCACCCUCAUACCACCAGGCCCCUUCUGGUAGCAAUCCCGGUGGAAACGGCCACUCGACCUCUUAUGGAGCUCCGUUUGGAGGCGUCUGGCCGAAAUAA